AGAGAAAAGAGAAGCCAGGGCAAUGGCAAUCUCUGUCUGGCAGCAAGGUGUCCUUAUGUUCCUACUUGGCUGUGUGUUCCUGUUGGGAUGUGCUGAGAAGGAGCCUACGUCCAAAGGUGCCAUUGAAGAUGCGAGGAAACCAGUGCUUUUGGAGGAUGUCGCAGCAACAGCCGCAUUUGUCAGUGAAGCGGAAGUGGUUGUCAUUGGAUUCUUUCAGGAUCCAGAGCGACCAGAAGUGUCAGAAUUCCUUAAAAUGGUACAAGAUAUGCAGGAUAUACCAUUUGGGCUCUGCACCUGCUCUAAUGUCCUUUCCCAUUAUAACAUCACGAUGAAUACCAUCUCCCUCUUCCGUAUGGUGGAUAAUAAGCGGCAAGAUCUGGAAAUCAAAGAUAGUGAAGGAGUUGAUGCCAUGAAGUUGGGUCGCUUUGUUCAGAUCAAUGAACUUCGCUGGGUGACAGAGUACAGCCCUAUGACUGCUGUGGGCCUCUUUAAUAGUACAAUUCAUACCCACCUUCUCUUCUUCACUGACAAGUCAUGUCCAAAGCAUGCGCAGAGGAUGGACAAGUACCGUGAAGUGGCAGUACUCUUUCAAGGGAAGAUUCUUUUUAUCUUGGUGGACAUCCACGCAAAGGGCAAUGAUAGGGUUAUCUCUUAUUUUCACUUGAAGAAGUCCCAGCUGCCUGCAUUGGCUGCAUACCACACUCUAGAUGAGGAGCAGGAGGUGCUGUCCCUGGAUGAUGAAGUCACCCUGGAGACUGUCAAGGGUUUUUGUAACCGUUUCUUACAGAGUAAGCAAAUGAAAGAAAACUCUAAGCCAGAGGAUAAGAUCUUCAAAGAGGAACUCUGACUCCAUUCCAAGUCUACAACUACAGUAAAAGCCCCACUGUAAUUCUAUAGUUACUCCUAUGAAAUAGUUAACUGUGUCUCAACAGUCAUAUAACAGAAAUGUGCCAGACUGUAUCAAUUGAGAUCAAUACUUCCCCAAUACUUCCAUAAAUACUCACAUUGUCUUUCCUACCACACCCACUCCAUCUUUUCAGUUUUGUUCUUCAGUAAUUCAGGUUCUGUCCUGUUUUGCAAAAGAUGGAAACAUGAGUCACUGGAUCUAGUAGCCUUGUUGGAUAGGUUGUCAGGCACUUGGAGGUUGAGAACUUUGUCUAGACUCUAAUGUGUAGCUGGCUGUGUAUAAGUCAUGUAACGUUUCAUGCAUGCAAUGUACUGGGUAGCUUCAUAACUAGAUUAAUGGUGCAUUUUGUGUGGAUA